UGGCCCUCUUUCUACACAUGUGGGGUGCGGGAAUAAAAAGCAAACAAACAAACAACAAAAGAAAACAAUUAGCGCUUAACACUCACAAUUACGUGAGUGUACCUGAACGCCUCACUGCGGGAGUGGAUCGGAGCAGAGAGGAGACAGAGCGCCCAAGUUGUUCAUUGCUUGGUGUGAAUCAUACCAACAAAUAAGACACUCCAGAAGUAUCGGAGCAGAUCUUUCACUCCAGCUCUCCCAAUAUGUCUGCCAUCACGUACAACGCGACACGCUGUCUCGUGCUUAUGACCAGUGGAAUGAAUGACUUGUCCGAGUCAUGGUGGAGUACAAGACAACAAAAUAUCAGGAGAAUGCCGACUGAGGGAGAAGGCUCCUGGCUGGACUGCAUGCAUGACACAACGCAAAGGCGAGAAACCCACCAUCAGCAUCCAGGAGCACAUGGCCAUUGAUGUGUGCCCAGGACCCAUCCUGCCCAUCAAGCAGAUCUCGGACUACUUCCCACGGUACCCUCGGGGCCUGCAGCCGGCCGGGCCCCCGCGCUCUGCUCCAUCCGCCGCCGCCACCAUUGCCCCGGAAAGAGAGCGCCCGGAUGAGGACAGCCCAGACCGGGCGUUUGGUGUGGGAGCGUCGGCUUCCCCGCAGGUGGCCACCAGGAGGGACGAGGAGCCCGAUGUGGAGGGAUACGACUCGGAUGACUCCACCACACUGGGGACCCUGGACUUCAGUUUGCUGUACGACCAGGAGAACAAUGCACUGCACUGCACCAUCAACAAAGCCAAGCUUCCUGUUCCCAGAUACAAGAAGGGGCUCAAGCCAAUGGACCACAACGGACUAUCCGACCCCUACGUCAAGCUGCAUCUACUGCCUGGCGCCAGUAAGGCCAAUAAACUUCGAACCAAGACCCUGCACAACACACUCAACCCUGUCUGGAGCGAGACCCUGACCUACUACGGCAUCACUGAUGAGGAUAUGGUCCGAAAAACACUCAGGAUUUCCGUGUGCGAUGAAGACAAGUUCCGGCACAACGAGUUCAUCGGUGAGACGCGAAUCCCCCUCAAGAAGCUGAAGCCCAACCAGACCAAGAACUUCAACAACUGCCUGGAGAAACAGUUACCUGUUAACAAGACAGAGGACAAGUCGCUGGAGGAGCGAGGACGCAUCAUGAUUUCCCUCAAGUACAACACCCAGAAGUCCUGCCUGGUGGUGGGCAUCAUACGCUGCGCUCAUCUGGCUGCCAUGGACGCCAACGGCUUCUCCGACCCCUACGUCAAAACGUACCUGAAGCCCGACGAGAACAAAAAGUCAAAGCACAAGACGGCUGUAAAGAAGAAGACGCUCAAUCCAGAGUUCAAUGAGGAGUUCUCCUAUGACAUCAAGUACGCGGACCUCACCAAGAAGACUCUGGAGGUGACGGUGUGGGACUACGACAUCGGGAAGUCCAACGAUUUCAUCGGUGGGGUGUCCCUGGGCAUCAACGCCAACGGAGAGAGGCUCAAACACUGGUUUGACUGCCUCAAGAACAAGGACAAGAAAAUCGAGCGCUGGCACACGCUGACCAACGAGUUACCCGGCUCGCUAAAUGACUGAGCGGACCCGACCCGGCCUGCCGCGGCUGCCCCCGCCUGGAUGCCUGCUUCCAUUUCAUCCAUCACGUCCUUCUCUCUCCUCCCUUCAAGUACGGUGACCUUCUCUCUGAACAGGGCUGGUGUGACGGAACCUUACUACCUUAUACCUUAGCGCUCCAUCCACGCAUCAGCCACUUGUGUCGUGGUUGUGGUGAAGGGAUGUAGCAUCAAACCAUCCACUCCAAAUAUGCAUUUAUGCUAAUAUCACAAGGAGUCCACCUAAAAUGUCGACGUUCUUAAAUGACAGAGAGGAUUGUAGAGUAGAACUUCACAGCUUCAUCCUCUAGUGACCGUGUUGAAGUAUCCUUGGGCAAGGCACUGAACCCCCACUUUCUCCUGAUGCUGCAUCAUCAGCUUUCAGUACUUUGAAUGUAGAAAAGCUCUAUUUGAGUCAAAAUCCAUUUACCAUCUUAGAACUUUGCGGUCCCUCUAAAUGCCACCUUUCCACUGCACAGCCGACUGGUGGAUUUCAUGUUGUGUGGUUGGAGUGGGUGAUGUUAUUUAGGGUUUGGACUCAUUUAUCCUGACGUGUUUGCACAGCCAGCAAUUUACUGAUUUUCCCUACAAAGCCUGCUAGCCGAGGCUAUCUGGCAAUAAUUGGAGAGUUAUUUCCUGAAUGUGAAAAGUCAUUAUACAGUCUCUAACACAUUUUUAAACUGUAAUAACGAUGAGAUCAUGAAAGAGAGCUUUCAUGAUCUGCAUGAUUUGCAAAUUUAUGAACAACAGAACCAAUGUUGAACCAAGAGCGGCACGGAGCAAACUGUUCAUCCAGCAUUAGCAAUUCACUGAUUUCCACUGCAAGUAAUGCAAGCUAAGACCAUUUGGAGAUGAUGCCUGGGUGGUAAUUGCACACAUUGCCAACUUUAUUUACCUAUGAUUUCAUGUUGCUAAGCGUCAUUGCUCAAUGACUUCGGGUAUCCACAAAGUAUGUUACAGUUGACUAAUGAGCAGUGGCAUGCUUGGAAGUACCUGGUCGUACCUGCACAGGUGUGCACCCGAGUCACAAUGUAAUGACUUUGGACUGGACUUGACAAUACCAUCAGGCUAGCACAGGGGUGGGCAAACUUUUUGACUCGCGGGCC